AUGUCGCAGCGAUUCUCCACCGCCGACGUUGCGUCGCACAACAAGGCCGACAACCUUUGGAUCGUUGUCGACGAGGAUGUGUAUGAUGUGACCAAGUUCCAGGACGAUCACCCUGGUGGCAAGAAGAUUCUGCAACGUGUCGCAGGCAAGGACGCCUCAAAGCAGUUCUGGAAGUACCACAAUGAGAGCAUCCUUAAAAAGUACCAGAAACAACUUCAGGUCGGCUCAUUGGACUCCAAGGCAGCUCCCCCAACGCCUCCAGCCACCCCUCCUCCCCAAGAAAAGGAGCUAGUUAAGCCGGAGGCGAACUCUGGGGUCGUUGCUCCCCAGCCAACUGCAGAGGCCGAGGAAGCCGAGGCAUUAGACCCGUACGGCGAUCUGAUUCCAUACGCUGAUCCUUCAUGGUACCAGUCGUACCACUCACCCUACUUCAACGAGUCCCAUGCAGCGCUCCGCGAGGAAGUCCGACAGUGGGUAGACGAGGAGAUACAACCCAACGUGACCGAGUGGGAUGAGGCGAAGAAGGUGCCGGACGAGAUCUUCAAACAAAUGGGCGACCGCGGAUAUCUCGCAGGUCUGCUUGGUAUGCAUUACCCUACGCAUUUGACGGAUAAGCGUGUAAAGAGCGUCCCUCCGGAAAAGUGGGAUCUGUUUCACGAGCUGCUGCUCACGGACGAGCUUUCGCGCAGCGGUAGCGGUGGUCUCGUAUGGAAUCUUAUCGGUGGAUAUGGCAUCGGUGCUCCGCCACUUUUCAAGUUCGGCAAGAAGGAGCUUGUCCAGCGUAUCGGUCCCAAGAUUCUCAGCGGUGAAAAGCGCAUCUGUCUUGCUAUUACUGAACCUGAUGCUGGUAGCGACGUUGCGAACCUGACCUGCGAAGCCAAGCUUUCCGAAGACGGCAAACACUACAUCGUCAACGGCGAGAAGAAGUGGAUCACGAACGGUAUCUGGUGCGACUACUUCACCACCGCCGUGCGAACAAGUGACAAGGGCAUGAAUGGUGUUUCCGUGCUCCUCAUCGAGCGUGAGGCUGGCGGUGUCUCAACGCGAAGGAUGGACUGCCAAGGUGUAUGGUCAAGCGGUACCACCUACAUUACCUUUGAAGACGUCAAGGUUCCGGUCGAGAAUCUGAUUGGCAAAGAGAACCAGGGCUUCAAGGUUGUCAUGACGAACUUUAACCACGAGCGUAUCGGUAUAAUCAUCCAAUGUCUCCGCUUCUCCCGCGUCUGCUACGAAGAGUCGAUCAAGUACGCACACAAGCGAAAGACCUUUGGCAAGCGGCUUGUCGAUCACCCUGUCAUCCGCCUCAAACUCGCACAUAUGGCUCGCCAAAUUGAAGCCUCGUACAACUGGUUGGAGAAUCUUAUCUUCCAAUGCCAAAAAAUGGGUGAGAUGGAGGCUAUGUUGAAGCUUGGUGGUGCCAUCGCCAGUCUGAAGGCCCAGAGCACAACAACGUUCGAGUUCUGUGCAAGAGAAGCGAGCCAGAUCUUUGGUGGUCUAAGCUACAGCCGAGGUGGUCAAGGUGCGAAGGUGGAGAGGCUGUAUAGGGAUGUAAGGGCGUACGCUAUUCCCGGUGGUAGCGAGGAAAUUAUGCUGGAUUUGAGCAUUAGGCAAGCACUUAGGGUACACAAGGCGCUUGGCAUGAAGUUGUAA